AUGGCGUUCAAGAUCACCAUCCCUUUCUCCAAAUCGAGAAAGCAAUCCAAGCCAACUCAAAUUAAGGCCACCCACAACGACGAUGACAGCAGGAAGCCAUCGAAGUUCUGGAACGCCUUCAGGACGCGACAGGCUCACCACGACUACACGCCGGAUGUGGUCGCCAACCGCACCCUCAAUCACUCUCUCCAUCCCGCCAAUAACAACAACAUUCUCCACCAUGUCCCGCCCAAGGCCGCUUCCCAGCCUGCCGCUCCUCCCGCAGUACCGCUCUCCAAGCCUGUUCCCGCUCAUACCGUUGCUUCCGAAUCCUCAUCUAAGCCCUUCGUCAGGAAGGACGAAGAUGGUCGCAAUUUCAUCUCCUUCUCGGCUCUUUAUGAGCAGGGAGCUACCCCACAACCCAUCCCAACAUAUCACCCUGCCUCGACUGUCAUACGUGUAGUCGACACUCCCAGACUGUCUCCAUCUCCUACUACGCAGAGUGUCGACCAUAAAGGAUCCAUGGAGGAAUUGAAUGGCAACCACGGGCCUUCUGCCUGUGGAGGCAGUCCCAUUCAUGUGUCGGGCACUUCCUUGUGGGCCGCCGUAGCCAUUCAUCAUGAAUAUUGUCAGAAGAACGAUGAAACAUCCACUAUCACCUCUCCGAGUGCUUGGAGCGAAUCUGUACCCACAUCCACCUCGAUUCGCGUGUGCCACAUCGCCGACGUUAACGCUGCACCCGAAAACCUUUGGGACCUCCUCGAGGACGUCACACUCUACUGA